AUGAAUAAAGAAUCAAAGUCACAGAACAAAAGUGUUCUAAAAGGGGUAAAAAAGGUUUCUAAAAAACAUAAAACCAAACAAAAUAAGAAUAAACCAGUAGAAGAGAAAACAAAUCAAGGUAGGAAUGACAAGGGUGUACACACAAAAUCUCUAACAAACCAUGAGGAAAAGGUAAAAGAAAGACCUGAAAAGGCUAAAAAGAACUCUAAUGUUGUAAAACUCAAGUUUAAAAACUUUUCUGGAACGUUAAACGACUUCAAAUCGUUGUUGGAUUCCAACGUCAAGAGCCUUGGACCCUAUAAAGGUGUUAAUUUCAAGCAGAAUAAAAUCGUUGUUUCCUUUGACGACACUCAAACACUGGAUAAAUAUCUGUCCUUCUAUAACAAAUUUACAUAUAAUGACGAGGUUUUAAGGGUCUCACUUCUGGAUUAUUUUUCAACGGUGAAGUCAGAUUACAAAGUGCUGAAUUUGUAUGGAGUACCGAGUGAUUACAAUUUAGAGUCAGUAGAACAGGGCCUUAAAAGAAGAAUUGACGUUGAAUUUAAACUUAAAUCUGAAGAUGACCACCAUAAACUUAAAUUCAAAAGUGUUCCAGAUUGUGUGAAGGCUAAUUCAAUUCUAAACAACUCUAGAAUCCCCCUAGUUAAGGAUAAGAAGGAGACCCUAGUUAAAGUAACAACAUCUAUGGAGCUGUUUGGUAAAUCUACGAGAAAAAGUUCAAGAGUUUUCGUUCGGAACAUCCCGUUUAAAACCAAAUACGAAGAGUUGAUGAGCUUUUUCAAGGAAUAUGAUAAAGGAGCUAAGGUACACAUUCCCUCACAUUCAAAAGGGUACGCUUUUGUUAAUUUCUCGUCCUUAGAAAAGUCAAAGAAAUUAAUUAACGAAUUGAAUGGGAAAUUGUUCAAAAACAGGAGGAUUCAACUCUCCCUAUCACUACCUAAAGAACUUUACUUAUCGAAAUCCACUUCCGAAGCUACUGAUAAUGAUACUAUUAACACUGCUGAAACUAAUGGAACUCCCCAGGGUGAUACCACUCCAGAGGAUAAUGUUGGUAACAGGGAUGAACAUCAGAAGGGCGAUAUUAAAGAUACAAUAUUUGUGAGGAACCUGGACUACGAGUGCACAGAGAAGGAACUUUUUGAGUAUUUUUCAAAGUUCGCUGAAGUUGAUUCCUGUAACAUAUGCCUCAAUGAAGAUAAAACCAGCAAGGGAACAGCCUUCGUCAAGUUUAAAAACAAAGAUCAACUCAAACAAUUGAUUGAAAAUGAAAAACUAUCGGUUAUAAGAGAUAAGGACCUGAAUAACAAAAAACCGGUACUCGGUCUAGGUUAUACACUGAGGGGAAGAAGGUUAAAGCUUGACUUGGCACUACCAAAGGAAGAAGCAAGAAUUCUUAAGGAUCAGAAAGCUGAAGAAGAGAAUAAUAAACUUAAAGAACAAAAAAACCUACAUCUGCUAAUGGUUGGGGUUAUAAAGGAAGACUCACCACAAUUCGGUAAACUAUCGGAAGAACAGAAAGAGUCAAUUAAACAAUCAGUAGCCAGCAAGCUGGAGAAGAUUAAGCUGAAAAACACAUUUGUUAAUCCAAAAAGAAUAUGUAUAAAGAACUUACCACCCAAUGUGAAAAGUAACGACCUUAGAACCGUUAUAUAUAAUCAUCUAAAGGCCAGUCUGAGUACAAAUGAGUAUUUGGAGUUGAAGAAACUUAAGAACAGAGGCAUCGUGGAGUUAACGCUUCUGAAGGGUGACUCCUACACAAAGGAUGACCAGGGAACUAAAGUGAAGAAAAAGAAACCGUUUGCAUUUGUAGAACUAGUUAACCAUAAUAUCGCAAUGAAAACACUAAAGUUUUUCUCAAAUAAUCAAACUCUAUACCCACCCAAAACACUCCAGUGUGAAUUCACCAUAGACACUACAAGACCAACCAAUAAACCAAGGCCCAAGAACACUCAAAAAACUAAAAGGAAGACAUACUCAAGAGGUAAAAGACAAAGAGAAAAGAGAAGAUUGAUGAAAGUAGCAACUUAA